GUGACAUCUUCGUAUGGAAAUAACUAUCACAAUUCUGAGCAUGUGAAUGAGGGGCAUUUUGCAUUUCAAGCAGUUGAGGCAGGCGAUUACAUGGCUUGCUUUUUUGCGGCCGAUCAUAAUCCUGCAACGACUUUAACCAUCGACUUUGACUGGAAAUCGGGUUUAAUGGAAAUAGAACUGAAGAAAAUGUUCGACACAGUACAAUCCAUUCACGACGAGAUGUUUUAUCUACGUGAAAGGGAAGAGGAGAUGCAGGAACUAAACCGGUCGACUAACUCCAAAAUGUUUUGGUUCAGUUUUCUUUCUAUUCUUGUUUGCCUUUCGGUUGCUGGGCUUCAGCUAUGGCAUUUGAAGUCUUUUUUCGAGAAGAAGAAGCUUAUUUAG